AUGGGUGGAGGCGGCAGUACAAUCGGCGGUAGUAGUGUUCUUGGCAGCGGUCAUGGCGGCGGUGGCAUGCCCAUGAGCGCUGGCAUUAGCAGUAGUACAGUUGGUGGUAUGGUAGGAAGCGGCGUUGGUGGUAUGGUUGGAGCUCCUCCUGGCAUGAUGACAAGCGGUGGUGGAAUUGGUGGAGGCGUUGGUGGUGGAACACCCGGCAAUAAUGGUGGUGUUAUGUUACCUGGCGGUGGUGUUGGCGGUGGUUGCUAUGGUGGACAAAGUACGGCUCCUGGGUCGGUUGUGGAUUCUCGGGCUGUAUCAGUUGUUGUUACUCUGCCAGGACCUCAACAUGGUCAGGCAUUGAGUGAUUAUGGUCCUAUAUAG